AGAACACCUGGAACCGUACCGAAAGAACAAGAACCAAGGGCAAAGAAAUCAAUCGGUCUAUACUAGUUCGUGAAAACGAUAUUGGAUAUUGAGAAAGUAACGAGAGCAAAAAUCGGUUGGUUUAGACUAGGGAAAAGGUAUUGGAUAUUUAAAUUGCUGCGUCACUUUAGCAGCCGUUAAUGUCACAUUGGAGGGUUUUGCAAUGGAGAGCAUUUUCAAAGGAAUGGCUCGUGUAUGAUGCAUUCAUGCAGUGUCCUAUGCUUUCGGCUGAAAGAAUAGCAAAGUAUUUGGCCGGAAAGCAUAUACGAUACUAUGACCCCGGUGGUGACUUUGGAAGUCAUGUUAUUGUGGUUAAUUCUAGAUACAUCGCUGCAAAAGAUAAUAGCCGAUAUUGGAAACGGUUUUUAUAUACUACACAUACAAGGUUCCCUGUGUACCGUGUUGAAGAAACAAUGGAGGAAGUUCACCGGCGCGACCCUACUGA